GGCGCCCCCGCGCCGCUGCUGCUGCUCGCCGUCUUCGGGGCGCUGCUGGGCGCGCUGGCGCUCGUCGUGCUGCUGUUGCUGCUCUACAUCUACAGGCACAAGCGGCGCAAAGGGCGCGGCGAGGACGCGUCGGCCGGCCGGGGCUUCCUGGACGCCGAGCGCAGCGCCGACGACAAGGACAAGGACAAGGUGGACAACCCCAUCUUCGCCGGCGGCGCGGGCGACGACGCGGCGGCCGCCGCCUACACCGCCACCGUCAAAAGCAUUAUAGCGCGGACGACGGUGGGCGGCGGCGGCGGCGGCGGCGGCGGUGGCGCCCGAGCUCGAUCCAGCACUCAGUGUGACACCGCUGGUGACGGAAGCAAUGGGCGACCAGAGCAAUCUAACGGUGUACUUCUAGAAGGUGGUGCAGGGAAUGGAGCAGGAGGUCUCACCAUCUACUUCUGAGGACAUUGACACACUCAAUACUUUGCCCCUGGCUCCCUCCAACUGCAAAACACUGUUGUAAAAAUACUCCAGAGUUGUGCUUAUUUUCUAAUGUAAAAAAUUGUUGUUUAGUAAAUACUUGUUAAAUUUACAGUGAUGUACCAAGAACAAAUUGUAAUAAACGUAUU